AUGUCAUCGGGGGAGGAGACCGAGUAUUUCGCCCCCUACGGAGCAACCACGGAAAGCAAGCAACAGCAACUCCAGAAGAAGCAGAAGCGCACCAGACAGCGCGUGGACGCCGGCGAGCCGCGCAACAACUACUCGAGUAUACCGCACUUCACCUCCCGGCCAUCCUUCCACGGCGGUGGUUUGUACGGUUCGAUCUUCGGUGGCACCGGACAAACGCUUCCGCAGCAACAACAACCGUCGCAACAUCACCAAUCGCAAUCGCAACAACAACAGCUCCAGCAACAACAAGCUGGGGCAGCAGGAAGUCAAGGUCAUUUAGGAACAGCUACGACGGGUCCCACCGCACAGCAGCAUUCCGCCCACGCGGCUUUCGGGUUCUUCGGGGCACCGGGUUACGGCCCCGCCAAGAUGUUGAACGAGCUGCUUGGACGACAGGUCAAACAGGCCAGUGACGCCGGUGGCUCACCGCCAGAGGGCGGCCAUGGGAUGACUGGCGCCGGCAUGGAUUCUGCCGCGAAUUUGCAAUCGGGUGUUAAUUGUGACGAUCCCGCUACCGCCGAGCUCACGCAGCACAUGCUUCGCGACAUACUUCAAGGGCGCAAAUUGUCCGCGCUCUCGGCUCAAGAACAGCCGAACAACAAUAACAGUAUACACAGCAACAACAACAACACCACAGCGGAUCUACUUAAAUCUCAGCAGCAGCAUCAACAGAGUCCACAGCAGCAUCAGCAACAAAAUAGUGAUAGUGCGCGUAGUGGAACAGUGCAGAGUGGCGGAGAGGACAGUGGUGACGGGAAUAACGUCGUGAAUAACGCGAAUCACAGUGAACGUGAUACCGUGAUGCCGGGCGAUGCUGAGGAUAGCGCUGAGGACGCAGCCGCAGCCGCACGUGCUAUGGAGGAGGCCUUUGCCGAAGCUGGUAUGGAGCCUGGGGCCAAUUUGGAUGGUUCGGACUGCGAACAGAGUUUGCCGCCCAGUCCCACGCAACCAAGGUCAGGGUCCGUUUCCGUCAAGGAGGAAAUACAGGACUCGUUGAAUAUUAAACGCAGCCCUAGUAACUCUCCUUGUCCGAUCGUACCGAAAACCGAGACCAGCUCCCCAACGACAGAAAUAAAACGUGCUCGCGUUGAGAAUAUUGUCAGCACGAUGCGCAGCAGUCCUGCCCUUCAAACUACUACGGUGAACGGUUGUAAAAAACGUAAACUCUACCAACCCCAGCAACAGACCGUGCAUCACGUUCUCCAGCACAGUGUCAGCGACACGAUGAUGGACGACGAGGAGGAGAGCGAGGAGGAGGAAGAUCCUUCGACGAUUAGGCAAAAACGCGAGGAGAAGGAUAAUCUAAAAAGUCAGCUAAAGUUGCUGCACGAACAGUUGGCGGUAAUGCAACAAAAGUACAUGGAGCUUUCGAGCAGAAUGGAACCGGACACGAGCGAGAGCGGUGAUGCGCCCGCCAGUCCUCAGCAUCAACCUCAACCACCACCACCCAGACCACCGCGACCUCAUCCACCACAGUACAACGGCCUCCCAGCCAUUCCACCUGAACAUACGCACGCCACGGCAGCUAUAUAUCAUAUAGGACACAAAGCCUACCUCGAACAGCAACACGCUGCUUUGGAGAGAAUGAAGCAACAUCAGGAGGCUGCAGCGAGGCAACAGCAACAGCAACAACAGCAGCAUCAACAGCAACAUCAACAUCAACGACAAAGUUCUCCACCACCCCCUACGAGUCAAACACAGCAACAGAGUCAAAGCAAUACCGGCCCGUCCACGCCGCAAACGCCACAAAUGCAACCAGCGAGUACGCCUCUUCAGCAUAAAGACUUCCAAGAGAGGUUAAAUGUUUUUAGAGCCGCUGCAGCAGUUGGCUCAUCGGGUCCUCAUAUCACUGGUGCGGACCUCGAAGGCCUGGCGGAUAUGCUAAAGAUGGAGAUCACUUCGUCUUUGACGAAUCUAAUCGACAGUAUAGUGACAAGGUUCGUGCAACAGAGGAGGUUUGUUGGUAAACAAAGCGAGGCGGCGCAAGUUGCCGCCGAACAACUAAACAAGGAUCUCCUGUUGGCGAGCCAAAUACUCGAAAGAAAGUCACCUAGGACGAAAGUAGUUGAUAGAGGAGCACCACAACCACCCGGUGGCCCAAACGGGCCACGGGGGCCCCACAAUGGCGGGCCCCCUCCUCCACAGUCUACGGGUUUCCCUCAAAUCGGCCCCAUGGGUGGUGGCCCCCAUGGACCUCAUUCUGGCCCCACGGAAAACAACCUUAAUCAAAUGAACCAACUGCCCCCACACGUGAGGUCGUCUAGCACAGGAAUCUUUCAGACCCCGAAACCGCCGACGAUAUACGCUAUGGCCUCCAUGCAGGCGCAGCAACAACAACAGCAACAACAGCACCAACAGCAACGCGACCACCAGCAGAGAGAACAGCAGCAACGCGACCAAUACUGUAACAUGAGGGGCGACGAGAGAGAAGUCAGGGAUUCAGAACAGAACGAGGCCCUCUCGCUCGUCAUGACACCGAAGAAAAAACGUCAUAAGUAUUUUCCUUCACAGGUGACGGACACGAGGAUCACGCCGAGGACGGUGUCCAGAAUCCUGGCGCAGGAGGGUGGCGGUUCGCAAGGAGGCAAUGAGAGUCCACCGCCCCCACCACCACCGCGACCCUACCACGCGCCACCACCGAUGCUGCCAGUGUCUCUGCCAACCAGCGUAGCAAUACCAAACCCAAGUCUUCACGAGAGUCAAGUGUUCUCACCGUACUCACCGUUCUACAACCCUCACACGAGUCAUCCUGGUCAGGUACCACCCCCGGGGCCACAUCACCUACCUGCAAGUUCUCCAGGUGGAGGUGUAGACCUCAGGGAUUCCCCUCCAUUGCCCCAUCCGCCGGCUAUAUUGCAUCCUGCCUUAUUGGCGGCUGCCCAGCAUGGUAGUCCAGACUAUGGACACCUCAGGAUGGACAGCAACGAUCGGGCCAGUGAUUGUAACACUGGUGAAAUCAGCUACGACGGAGUUCAGCCUACAUCGUCGACGCUGACGCCAAUGCAUCUGAGGAAGGCGAAGCUAAUGUUCUUCUGGGUCAGGUACCCGUCCUCGUCCAUCCUCAAGAUGUAUUUUCCCGACAUCAAGUUCAAUAAGAACAACACAGCGCAGCUGGUCAAGUGGUUCUCCAAUUUCCGGGAGUUCUACUACAUUCAAAUGGAGAAAUAUGCGAGGCAAGCGGUUUCGGAAGGUGUGAAGAACGUUGAUGAUCUUCGAGUCGGUGGUGACUCGGAAAUCUAUCGAGUUCUCAACCUUCACUACAACCGAAAUAACCACAUCGAGGUAAGAGAUCUUCAACACUCAAACGUACCGAGUAACUUCAGGUACGUCGUCGAGCAGACGCUGAAAGAGUUCUUCAAGGCAAUUCAGAGCGGCAAGGACACCGAGCAGAGCUGGAAAAAGUCCAUCUACAAGGUGAUCUCGAGGCUGGACGACCCGGUGCCGGAGUACUUCAAAACCCCGAACUUCCUGGAGCAACUCGAAUGAAUCAGGAGGUCGCGUGGCUCUUGCUCUUCGUGGUGCGCGGGCUCAUCAGCGCUCGUCGGCUCCCAGUAAAACGAAAAAAAACGGAAACGAGAGAAGAAGGAACGGCCCAGCGAGGGAGGAUCGCAUCCGUCAGGAGGUACACGUCCUUCGCGUGAAGCGCGUUCAGGUAUCCUUAAACUAACAUAUCGCAGAACGGGCGUGAUAGAGAACGUGCGAGAGCGUGUAGGGGAGUAAUACAAAGAAGUAAAAGAAGAUGCAGCGUUCGGAUGGUACGAAUAGGAUCAUCGCCAAGGCAUCGAUCAUCAUCAAGGAACGAUGAGGAGCGCCGACAAAGGAUCAGGCUGUGACCUAAUCACGAGACAACGUCCUCGCGCGAGACGAGGGUGGAUGUAAAUUUUACGCUUCGUGCCUUUCGAUUCCUGGCCGAGAUUCACGGAGUCUCGGAACCUCGGGUUACUAAAUAACGAGGCCGUGAAACCUGUCCACCCUGUUCUCGUCGCGGCGACAAUACCGAUAUCAAAAAAAAAAAAAUGACGGUCUUGGGAGAAAGCGAAGAAACAGGACGAAAGCGUGGUCAACGAACGGCAAGGAUACACACAUACACACACACACCAGCUUCGAGCGACGAGUAUUGUUUGGAUUUGUUGCGUACAGUUCACCGAUUACCGCCUAAUUUUAAGAGACUCGUUUUCGGGAUUAGGGAUAAGGAACGUUUGACCCGCGACAACGAGUGAACGACCGGCGGCUGUUUGUACGAGCGAAGAGAUAACGAGGUGUUUACGGUACUGUUUGUCCAUGUUUUUCAAAGAGCCGAUAAUUAUUGUCUAACGGUGGAGCGAGAUCCGCUGGACGGAUCCUCCGUAGCUUCCGGUUGAGAGGCAGAAGAGGAGGAACCCUUCUCGUGGAUCUUCGGGAACGACUCGAAACGAACGCCUCGCCCUUCGUCCCGCGUCGUUCCGUGCGCACAGAAGAAACAACGAUGGCCAGUUUCACACGGCAUUCGUCACGCUGUACCUCGUGGUUUUUUUUAACGGACCUCGUGCCUCGACCUCGGUCGCAACAGCCACGCCGGUCGGUCGUCGUCCCGGCAGCCAUUUAUCUUUCAAACGCGUUCGAAGCAACGGGGACCCCGCGUACCUCGACGGGAUUCCGUUGCUUCGAACGGAUUCGAAGAACGGCGCGAUUCGCGCCGAAUCGAAAUUUCGCGGGAACGAAAGCCCCGACGGACUCUUCGGCGCGAUACUUCUUUUUUCCUUCGACAGAAAACAACCAUGGUUCGAAAGAAACAAUCAACGGCCGGUCGCGGGUGGUCCCGCGGCCGUCCACCAGGAUCUCGAUCCUUUCUCUUAAGUUGUACAUAUAAUUAUUUGAUGAUCGCACCGUGCAAACGUCGAACGGCGGGUUCGAGAUCUUCGUCAAUGCUGCUUGGCUCGAUCGAACGGGAAAAUUGAUAAUAUUAUAUCCUACGGUGAGAAUUCCUACGAUAAUUCUGGCGAGAGCCUCGACAUUCCACAUUCGGACGAGCGUGACGCGAACAUCGAACACUCGAGUGAUACGCAACGCGAUCGAUAAUAAUACCGAAUAAUCGAAGAAAUAUAAGACACCUAUUUUUCAUUUCUCCGCGGAGGAAGGGAUCUCCUUGUCGUUGUAUCGUGUUUAGUUGGUCCGAGAUUUGCUCGCCGACGAAAGGGGGGGGGAAAAACGAAAUGAAAAACGAACAAAGCCAGAGGGAAAGCAAUCGCGUUGCAUUGAACGAGAAGACGGUGCGCGGAUCACAAUAUUACGCGUGACAUUACGUAGAAGAUGUUUUUAUUAAUGGUUAGUUGAUAUAAACGAGGUUAGACUAGUCGCAGUGACAGGAGUACGAGUGGCAGGGACGACAAAAAAAAAGGGAAGGGCGAACGGUAUUUAGAACCGGAUCCAAGCACCGGCGGCUUUCUUAAGCGUUAGACGAUUUAAAAUGAAAAAAAAAAAGUGAAAUGGUUGAUAAUAAUAAGGGAAACGAAAUCACCGCGUAAAAUAAUGGGAGAUAAAUUGAGAAAAAGUUAAAUAACCGCGAGCCGGUGCGUAACCAUAUACAAAGUAGAUUAUUAUAAAAACGUAUAUAUAUAUAUACACAUAUAUAUAGAAAUAUAUAUAUGAAGAAAUUUGAAAAAGUAUAUAUACAUGUAAUUGCGUCAAAUUAUAUGUAUAUAUAUAUUAGAGACUUAUAAAACGAAAGACGGAUGUUGGCGCGAUUUAAAUUGCGUAAAGAAUGUGUGACAGAGGGUUAGACGCCCGUGUCUCCCUUAUUCCUCUUGUACCCGACCUAUUACACGAUGACAUACGCGCAUACACGUCCAUACAGACACACACGCGACACACGAACACAGUUUGAACGAUGUACGCGCGGGUACGCACACGUGCCCCGUACAUCGUGCAUACACAAGUACACGCACGCAGGCAAGCGCGGGAAAUCAGUGACGACGCCAAAGUACGCGUUCUUACCGCAGAAAUUUCUUUUCCGCUAGACGGUUUGUAGAUAAUUUUAUCGUACGAUAUAAUAAUUAUAAUUAUAAAUCUAUUUCGGGUGGUAGCGAGUCCUUGUAACUUAACCUACUUACCUUUUUCACUAUUACCUACCAUUAUUAUUCUCGCUAUUAUGUGCACUAUUAUUAUUAUUAUUAUCAUCAUUAUUAUUAUUAUUAUCAUCAUUAUUAUUAUUGCUAUUACCAUCAUCAUUAUUAUAUAAUUAUUACGAUUAGUACUAUUAUCAUUAAUUACGUUACGAGUAUCCCGCGAUUCAACAAUUUUAUUCGAAUCACAAUUAUCGUUUCCAUGUCGCUUUGUACACCAAAGUAUCGCUUGGUUUAGCCCACGUCUAAACAUUUAUCUAUUUUUUUGCGUCGCGAGAAUAUCAAGAGUAACGCGUCGUUCCCCAUUCCACAGUCCUGUCCCCCUUUAUGCGUUUAUUCUCCUUUUAUUUUAAGAUCGAACCAAAUUCUUAUACAGUCCUUGCCACCCUUUAAUGACGUUUCGUCAAUGUUCUGGCAUUUAGUUAUUAUUAUAUUUAGUUAUUGUAUUAUUAUUAUUAUUAUUAUUAUUAUUAUUAUUAUUAUUAUUAUUAAGCAUGUAUUAUGCAGUGUACACAGCAGAGAGAAAAGCAAAAAAGAAAUACUACACGAAUACACACGUUUUUGUAAGCGGUGAGUCUUAACCUAGUCACGAGUCACUAUUUUUUAAUUUUAACGAUCAAUCUAUCGAUUAUUAUUUUAUUUAUUAUUUACGACAAUAAAAGCGAGACAUUGGACCCGUGUUGUCUUUUUUAUUUUUCGUUGGUUCUGUUUUCGUUCGUCGGAAACUCCGAGUACCCGGCCACGCGCGCCACUCCCGCGUCAUCCUCAACCCCCUCGAAACCCGUUUUCAAAAUCGUACGAGAAAAAAGAAAAAAAAAAAAUGUGAAAAAAAUUAAAAAAAUUUAAUCGAACGACACACCCGGGCGAAUCGUCUCGAGCCGAAACGUUUCGAACAUUCGACUGCCGACCUGGCCUAUCUUUCUGUCCAAACGAACGAAGCUCUUCUCGAAAGGAACGCGACGACGACGCUUCGUGCCGGAAACCGACGACCGUCGAGUCGAGUCGAGGAACGAAAGGGACACGAGAGAAAAGAGGGGAAAUAGAAAAACUAUAUUUAGGGGUGACGGUGUGGGGUAAAUUCGAAAAUUUCGACUCCUAGACGACUAGAAUUAGUCAAGGCCUAAAAUUAGUAAUCUCCUUCGGCGCUGGCCUAAGAUUUUGGUCUAAACGUUCACGGGGAGGAAAUAGAAAAUGAGAGGAGGACGGGGUGGGGUAGUUAGGCGUGGGAUUAUAAGCGGGAACGCGUAGAAAAUUUCGAAAAACGACGAUAACGUACCUGCGGUCGCGUCGAACGUCGAACUCGACUCGGGAUCGCGAUUUCCGGCCGGAACUCGCGCGUCGUGCUCGCUGAUUCUUGUGUUUCGUUCGGCUUUAGUUCCUACGUUACUCGCACCUACAAACACCACUUUGCCAAAGGGGGAAAUUUAGUAACGAAAUCUCGAGGGAGAUUUAAUCUACCAAUGCGCGAAACGAUCGGCGCAGACGUCGCGUUUCGACGAAUCGCGCUCGUUUGCGCGGGCAAACACGCCCUGUCGAUACGUUUUUUAAUUUACCCAAAAAAUUCUGCCCGCUUUCGAGCUGUUUGUCCAGCACUCUGAACAACGGAUCGACGGAAAGCGGAGGUAGCGUUUAAUUAGGCGAAAAGUGGACUUUUUAUCGAUGUUACGCGGGUAUCGAUCGUUCACCGUGAUCGAUCGAUUAUUUAAGGAGUCGAGAAAAUUAGUAUAAAUAAAUAUUCAACACCAUUAUUUUGCAAGCUCGUUUAAAUAUUCACUGAGAACGGUAGGUCUUCGAAUACCAACGAUUGCAAUUAUUCUGAUUUCACAGGAACGUUACACAAAGGUUUCGCACAGAGAACGCAUUCGUGGAUUAAACUUGCGCUCGUUUGGCGAAAAUUAACAAUAACCACCUUACGCGUCAACAUCUUUCUCGAAACGAAGCAUCCUCUUCAUAACCGCUGACAAAUUUUAAACGAAGUAACCGAGCAACAAUUCGAACAAGAACUAUAGAAACCGUCACCAUCCUCAUACUCCGUCAUUCGAUGCGACAGAGAGAAACUUAGACACCGAUAGAAUUCUAACAGUAAACAGUCCCGGAGAAAGAAGAACCGCCACCAAUAGUACCGAUUUAUUCCAACGACUCAAGCUGUAACCGAACUUGAUCCAAUCACACGCUUACCAGAAACACAAGCAUCGCCAACAGUUGACCUAUACAUGUAUGAUUUGCAGCCGGACAUUCCGGCGCCGAUUCGAGCACCGACGAACGUCCGAUCGAAAUCCAUUUCCGACAAAAAAUCCCGAGUCGUCCUUCUCAUCGCAGACAAGAGGCUCGCCGAUUUCCGCGAGCGUCCGGAAACGGAAGCCGGUUGAACAGCCGACGUUUCCGUUCACCGAGCAGAGCAUUCGUCGCAGCGUAAUUCUCGCCAGUGAGGACUUUUUCGAUUUCUUUCUCCGUCGAUCGAGGAUCGAGGGUCCCGGCGCGAAGGACGAACCGCCACGGAUCACGAUAACGAAUCGCGAACACCCGCUCGAGGCCCAGACAGAGCGAACGGAGGCCGAGAUCCGCGUUCCGCUCUCCUCGAUGGUCGAUCGGUGCCCACGCGUCCUGGGAUCGAGCCGCGGUCUCGAUCGUGGCCCCCGUAAGGGUCGUAGCUCGUGGUUCCUCGCGGACACGACUCGGGCUUCCGGUCGUCGUCGGGGACGCGCGAUCGUGAACGGAGCGGACGCGCGGACGUGAAACCGAAGAGAACGAAAGGGAUUUCCUGCGCCGACGAAAACUUCACGGACAACACGAGUCCGCGCGAUCCUGUUUCAGGUACGAGACCAGUGGGGGAUGAAAUUGCGAAAGAAAGAGAACGAACGAAAGCCGAUCGACUCGCCGUUAUUACGUUUUGUGCAACGGGGCCAAGGCACGGAGAACUAGUACACAGGACGAGACGAAAGGACUUUUUAAAAUACGGAUAUGUGCGGGGGGGAAAAAAAGAAAAAAAAGAAACGAUGGAGAGAAAGAGGUGGGGAGAAGGAACGGAAAUGGAAGAACGUUUGAGAGAGACGGAAACGGAAUAAUAAGCAUACGUACAUACCUAAACGCGUAAGUCUUAAGGAACACACGUGUAAGCAGAAUUAAGUAAUAGUAUUUAACGUUAACACUUGCAAGCUAUUAAUUAUUAUAUAAACGAUUAACUCAAGGUAAUUAAACCAAAAAAACUAAAAAUACUAAAACAAAACCGAGCGGAAGGUCGUAUCACGCUGCAGUGGAAGAGGAUACCCACUUAAGAGGAAAUGAAAAUACUGAAACGUAAAGUGACACAAACACGCUAAUAAACUAAUUAUUAUUGUAUGAUUAUAUAUUAUUAUUACGAUUAUUACUAUCGAGUUCGAGAAUCGUCGUGAUAAAAAGAAAAAUGAUAAAAACGUACGAAUAGGAGAUAGAAAACGAUGCGUGAAUGCGGGGUAACUAGGGAAACCGUGAGAAUGCGACAUCGAGAACGUGCGCGCGCGCGUGUGUGUAUGUGUGUGCACGCGAGAGGGAGAAGCUGAAAAUACUUCGAAGUACGUUCAUCGAGAAUAAUCAUUCCUCAAACUAUUAGAAACGUAAAUUAGGGUAUAACAUAUUAUGACGAAAUAUUGCGAUUACGGAGGAUAACGUGACGAUAUGCAACGCGCGCGAUACCAGUGUGUGUGAACGAAGGGAGAGCAAGAGAUUAAAGAGAGAAAGGAUAGAGCGAGUUAAGGAGAGAAAGAGACAAAAAGAGGGAAGAUAUAUAAAGCGUUUUUUUUCUCCGUAAUGGUCUCAUCGCGAACCGGAAAUCGCGCGACGUUAAACUUUAUAGUCUAGGGACGCAAGGGAAGGAAAAUUCGAGCGACUCGAAGAAAACGUGCGACCGAGGUGGAAAUUAGCGAGAACGAAUGAGAGAUAAGAGAGACAGCGAGAGAGAGAGAGAGAGAGAGAGAGAGACUGCGAGCGAAAACGUGGAUCAGACAAAAGGAGGGGAUGAAUGCGACGAGAGAAGUUACGUUUUUAUGCAAGAGAGCGCGUGCGUAUGCGAAGAAAAUUAAAAAAAGUGAACAUAAAAAGAGAAGAUUAAAGAAAAAAAAAAAAAUGAUGGAGUUAAGAGAAGAAUUACUGAUUGUUGACACUGAUUACUGAGUGAGCAAACUUUCUGUGUGAUAAUCUCGUAGUACACGUAGCGCGUUAAGUCUACAAUACGUUUCGGUAGGGGAUUUUUAGGUGAGAGCGAUUAAACUUUUUAAAAAUGACGAACGUGAAGAAAUUGAUGUGAGGCGAAGGAAGAAGAACACGCGGAACCCUCCGGUCGAGGAUUUCGAGAGGCGUUUGCAAUGUAUAUUUUACGAAUACUUUGGAAAAUUGGUCGACGGGGGAUCGGUCUACCCGUCGACAGUCGACAUAUCAUCGCGUGUAUAUUAAAUAUCGAUUCCUGUGUUAAUUGGUUGCAGGGAACUCGACGGAGCCGUCGAUUACUCCGGUUCGUCGAAUUAACGUAGGGAAUUAGUUCCUUUGAUUUGAGGAUGUAGUGGUCUUUGUAUUAGAAAAAUUCUUUGUCCCCGACCGCGACAUUCGAGACGCUUUUUCUCUAGUUAUUUUUCGUUCACAGGACGAAGAGGCAGUCGAUUACUCCUGCCUCGAUCACAGACUCGGUCUUUGCGGGCCGCGAUGUUCCGACUGGAUUCGGUUCUGUCCAAACGAUUCAUUUCUAUAAUUCGUUGAUACGUUCCAUUUAAUCGUGCAAUAGAUUACGUUCACUGCAGAGACGUUGUUGUUGUAAUGCUUUUAAAUCGGUGGUUGUUUAUUUGAAAACAUAAAUGAAAAUUACUCAGUCUGAAGAUUUUGCAACAAUGAAGGGACUAAGAUCGAGUGAAUUAGUUUAAGUAAAUACCUUUGGCUGCUUUUCGAUAUCUAUUUCGUGAUGGGUGAGGGAGAGAGAAAAAGCGAGAGUGAUGAAAAUUUAAUAGAGGUAGCGAAAAUUCUAAAUUAAAGUUCCUAUCGCUUAGCCUUCUAGCCGAAUCUUCGACGAGCGAUUUUAAAUAAACAACCCUUCCGUUUCACGCACGAGUACAUUAAUCGCCGUUCAACUACCUCGAAUUAGAAAAUCCACUGACGGCACACCCCCCCUCCGAGCAAAGACUCAAAACGGCCCGCAAAGCUUACGACUCGUUACCAAACCCCCAACGCCCCCUCUGUCUCUGCACACGUAUUUCUGUCCACGGAUCACGAAACGAGAGGCUGUCGAUACUCCAGCUCUCGAAAGACUGAAGAUCCUCGAUUAACUCCCACGGUCACGCGACUAACCCCCCUC